CUAAUUUCUAUUCCCUGGUAUCCUCUAGAAGUCGAUUUUCAAUGGAGAAAGAUUUUUGAAUCUAUACUGAGUUUGAAGCAUCUAGACAUGGGAGUAGGCAAGUCUUCGUCUGCAUCACCGGCUUCCGCUAGUGCUAGUGGCCAUGCCAACUCAAAAAAUCAACUGGAAGACGACAAAAGCAAACCUCUAAACUUUGGCCAUGCUCUUCUUUCCGAGUACAGUUUUCCACCCGCCUAUCGUAAUUUGAAUCACGGGUCCUGGG